UGAUGUUGCUUUGUUUACGUUUUUGUUUACAAAAGUAGUUUAGAGACUUGCUCAGUUAUCCAUGUUUUGAUAGAUAUUAUACAUUCAUUGUAUAUUUUUAACCUAUACAUUUAUGAUAGAAUGUUUACUAAUUAUCUGCUGUACACAUAUUAUGACGGAUAGUAUAUUUUCAACAUUUUUGCCAAAAUAAUGAACAUCAAAUCUGAAAUGGUAUCAUCGUCUAUGUGGAACAUGGAUCACGAAACAAUCCUGAAAUACCUCAGUGAAAUAACUGAACUUUUAGCUGAAUAUUCAUGGAUAUAUAAUGUGCGAAAUACGGACAUUUUUCUGCAUGAUGUUUUAGAAAAGAUUCCCAGUGAAUGGUGUGAGUCGCUUAUAGAUCUUCCAUGGAAAGAUAUGAAUCAACUACCAUUUGGUUUUAUCAAGGAGGAUUGGCCUGAAAUGCUGAAAACAUUUAUCAGAAAGUGCUGUGAUUUAGGAAGCUUUCGUUUCCCUAAAUCUAAUUUGCAAGAAACUACAGUUCAAGUGAAAACUUUUGUAAAUAAGACCACUCCACGAAAGAAGCAACUUGAAAUAAAAAUUAUGUCUAUUUUAAUUGAUGAAAUCUGCAAGAAUCUUCACUGUAAUUACGUCCUAGACAUUGGAUCUGGAUUAGGUUAUCUUGAUCAAGCACUUCACCAUAAUUGUGGUGUAAAAUGUAUAGGUCUUGAUUCAGUGCCUGCAUAUACUGAGGCUGCUGUGUCUCGACUUAAAGAUGAUCCCUGUAACAAAGCAUUGUAUCAUAUAACGCUGAAAGUUGAAAAUUCUGCCGUUUGUCUUUCUGAGGUUAGAACUGCUUUAUGGAAUGCCUAUAACAAAGAUCUUACUUGUAGCUGUAAAAUUUCAACCUGUGCAAAUGGAUCUUUUAACAAAUCCCAUUUGAAUCCUGUUUUAAUGGUUGGUCUGCACUGCUGUGGAAAUCUUAUGCAGGAUAUGAUGAGCAUCUUCUCUCAAAUGGAUGAAUUAAAAGCAUUUGUUUGUGUGGGAUGCUGUUAUAAUAAAAUAAAUAUUACAAAUUUUCCAGUGAGCAAUACUGCAAAAUUUUGUGUGAAAGCUGCUUGUAAAGAUUCCAUAUGUUGGUAUCCAUGUAUUUCUGGUUUGAGGCUUGGUUCACAUGCAACAAGAUCAGAAUGGGUUUCAUUGUCUGAGGAAAUGCUUUCAUAUCGAGAAAGAAGUCUAGCUUUUAGAGCUGUAUUACAAUAUUACAUAGCUAAAGAAAAUAAAGUUUGGAAAAAGCCAAAAAGACGUCUGAGGCAGUCUGAUUUUACAGAUUUCCAAUCGUAUUGUAAUAAAAUGCUUGAUGAAAACUUUAAGGAAGAGGAAACCUUGGAAAAGCUAAAUAUGUUUUAUUUACAAAAGCAGCAUCUGUUUCCUCGUAUUAGGAUUUUAUUAGUUUUACAGCUUUUAUUACAACCUUUAUGGGAAGCUUUUGUAACUAUAGACAGAAUGUUAUUCUUCAGAGAAAAUUCAAUCUUUGCUGAAUGUUUUGCCCUAUGGGAUGAUAAAAUAUCUCCUCGAAAUAUUGUACUCUGUGCAUAUAAAAUAUGAUUUAUGCAUGCAUGUUAUUUUAGCCUAUUGUUUUGUAUAUUCAUGUACAUAUAGAAAUAAAAAUCUUAUUUUAUAUUUU